UUCCUUAUAUACAUCAAAGGAGAGAAUCUCCACCGCCCAGAACUCCCUUGAAAUUCGGAGGUCAAACAAGUUUCUCAUAAUCCAACGAAGAUCUGUUAACCAAAUUCCUCACUUUUCUUGUAUAAAAAGCAACUUUUCUCUCCUCAAUUGACAUCAACCCAUCAUUUGGUCUUCUCUCUACCUUUUGAGAGAAGUGCCAAAUUCAGAAAAACAAACAAACAAAAAAACCCUAACAUUCUCUCUACAAUGGCUCGCUCCAGCGCCGUGGUUUUGGUGAUCAUGGCUGCUCUGUUGGUGGCCUCAACAAGGGCACAAUCCCCUGCAUCGUCACCAUCCAAGUCCCAUGCAGCUUCUCCAUCGAGCACUCCAACAUCAGCUGCUCCUUCUCCGUCUAGCCAUCCACCUAAGGCAGCAUCUUCUGCUUCUCCAUCAAGCUCUCCUAAGGCUGCAUCUUCUGCUUCCCCAUCAAGCUCUCCACCUUUUCCUUCUCCAGUGAGCACUCCACCUUCUUCUUCUCCUUCGAGCACCCAACCUACGGCCUCUCCUUCUCCAUCGAGCACUACACCAACUACCGCUCCCUCUCCAUCGAGCACUUCAACGGAGGCUGCUCCUUCUAGCAAGCCAGCUGCCAACUCUCCGCCUUCUCCUCCCUCGUCUUCCCCUGUGGCCACUCCAGAGAUUUCUCCCUCUUCGUCUGGAGUUGCUCCUGCACCGGCCCCUAGCGGUGCCGUUUCGAAUAGGUUGGCCGUGGCCGGAUCUCUUGCCAGUGGGGUUUUCGCUGCUGUCUUGGUUAUGUAGAGGGGAACGGACUAAACCCU